GAUUCCGGCAACGCUGCGUCCGGCAUUUCUAGUAAACAAAAUUGUGUUUUAAUAAAAUAUGCAUAUUAUGAGCCGGACGGAUCAAAUUUUUGAGGAUCUCAAAGCCCACUUUCGCGGUCACAGCAAAAUACGUGAGCAGCGGGCACAUAUGUCCAAGGUUCACUCGGUUUGCUGGAACGCUGAUGGCCGCCACCUUGCAUCCGGUUCAUUUGACAAGAGUGUGGCUGUGUAUUCGCUGGAGCGAGACCGCUUUGUCAAAGGCGGCAUCUACCGUGGACACACUGCGUCAGUCGAUCAGCUGUGCUGGCAUAAGACCAAUCCAGAUCUGUUUGCAACAGCCAGUGGGGAUAAGACUGUACGUAUCUGGGACAUUCGGUUAGGUAAAUGUGUUUCGGUAACGAAUACCAAAGGCGAAAAUAUCAAUAUUGCCUGGUCUCCUGAUGGCAAAACAAUUGCUGUGGGCAACAAAGAGGAUCUCAUUACGUUCAUUGAUACACGCACCAACAAAAUUCGCGUCGAGGAACCAUUUAGCUUUGAGGUCAAUGAAAUAUCGUGGAAUAAUACGAAUGACUUGUUUUUUCUCACCAAUGGCUUGGGCUGUAUGCAUGUACUUAAUUAUCCAAGCCUGGAGCACCAGAUUACACUAAAAGCACACCCUGCCAACUGCAUUUGCAUUGAGUUUGGACCCACAGGCAAAUAUUUUGCCACAGGCUCAGCAGAUGCUCAGGUAUCACUUUGGGAUGCCAACGAAUUAUCCUGCUUACGAAUGAUAAGUCGCCUAGAAUGGCCUGUUCGCACCAUCUCCUUUAGCCAUGAUGAACGACUAAUAGCAUCGGCCAGCGAAGAUUCCCUGAUAGACAUUGCCUUUACGGAAACCGGCGAACGUGUCACGGAUAUACGUGUUGAAGCAUCCACCUUCACAGUGGCCUGGCAUCCAAAACAAUAUCUGCUGGCCUAUGCCUGCGACGAGAAGGAGAGUGACAGACGCCGCGAUGCCGGCAAUGUUAAGAUUUUCGGUUUUCCCGAAUAGAUUUUAGGCUUAUAGUCAAUAAAUAUAGAACUAAAACCGUCAAUUAAAAUUGAUACAUCCCUUUUAAUAUAGCAA